AUGUCGGUUACUGAGAUUGCCGAUCCUAAUUAUAUGGGGUCUGAGAAGAACCCCCACAACCAGACUGCCCCCGUAAACGACCAGACCAACUUGUUGGGUCAGGGCAGCCCUGGUGUUCGCCGUAUCGAGGUUAUCAAUGCGAACUUCAGACUUAUUGAUCGCGUGUGUCUGUUUCUGUCAAUUUUCCUGAUCGCCUAUGUCUACGGUUUGGAUGGAACUGUUCGCUAUACUUACCAGCCCUACGCCACCCAGAGUUAUGGUUUACACAGUCUUCUCGCGACCAUCAACGUCCUACGAGCCGUCAUCGCCGCCGCGGCGCAGCCUACCGCAGCCAAAAUUGCAGAUGUGUUUGGCAGAGCGGAACUUAUUCUCGUUGCGAUCGUUUUCUACACUGUCGGUACAGUAGUUGAGACUUGCGCUAAGAAUGUCGAGACCUUUUGUGCAGGCGCCGUGAUCUACCAGAUUGGUUAUACUAGUAUUAUGCUCCUUGUUGAGGUCCUCAUUGCUGAUGUUACCUCCACCCGGUCCCGUCUCCUCUUCUCCUAUAUCCCGGGUUUGCCAUUCAUUAUCAACACUUGGAUCAGCGGUAACUUGACUACCUCCGUGCUGAAGGUUACGACUUGGCAAUGGGGCAUCGGAAUGUUCGCAAUUAUCUUCCCCGUGUGCGCUAUGCCCCUUCUGGCCGUCUUGGUUAUUGUCGCACGACGAACAAGAAAGAGUGGAGCUCUGGAAUCUUAUAAGAGCUCCUUCGAGCUACUUGGCGGAAAGAAACUGGCAUCAGAGCUCUUCUGGCACUUGGAUGUUAUCGGCAACAUCCUGCUCAUCGGUAUGCUGGCUUGCAUCCUUGUUCCGUUCACCCUUGCCGGAGGUGUUACUUCGCAAUGGAAGACCGCCAAAGUUAUUGCACCUCUUGUUGUGGGCGUUUGCUUGAUUCCUGCCUGGGUUUACUGGGAGCGGACUUGCAAGUAUCCUAUGUUGCCUUUCAAGCUUCUUCGAGACCGCGCUGUUUGGGGUUCUAUUGGUAUUGCCGUUAUGCUUAACACCGCCUGGUACUUGCAAGGAGACUUCCUAUACACAGUUCUCAUCGUCAGCUUCGACGAAACAGUCACCAGCGCAACUCGAAUCACCUCUCUUUACAGUUUCGCUUCAGUCCUCACUGGUGUCUUCAUCGGAUUCGUCGUGCUGAAGCUACGCCAAUUGAAGCCAUUCAUCGUCUCCGGAACUGUUCUCUUCAUGGUUGCCUUUGGUAUCCUGAUUUACUUCCGUGGUGGCGCCGGGGGCUCUAGCCACUCUGGUGUCAUUGGCGCGCAAGUGCUGCUGGGUAUUGCUGGCGGUAUGUUCCCCUACCCAGCCCAAGCCAGUAUCCAAGUUGCGACCAAACACGAACACCUCGCCGUUAUCACCGGUAUCUACCUAGCAUCCUACAAUAUCGGCAGCGCUUUAGGAAACACCAUCUCCGGCGCAAUCUGGAACCAAGUCCUCCCCGGUGAACUGAUCCGUCACGUCGGCAACGCAACUCUUGCCGCCGAAAUCUACGCCGCACCCCUCGACUUUGCAGUCGCUUAUCCUGUCGGCACCCCCGAUCGUGAUAACGCUAUUCUCGCUUAUAAGCAGACUCAGCGUUUGCUUUGCAUUACUGGUAUCUGUCUUACUGUGCCUCUGAUUGCCUUUGCUUUGUGUAUUCGCAACCCUAUCCUUACCAAGGAGCAGACUUUGGCGAAGGCUGAGGAGGAUAGCAGUGAUUCCGAGUAA